CAUGUUUAUUAGAAAUUCAAAUAGUGGCUCAUCUAUUUCUCUGGGUGCGCAAACUAUUUUAUCUGCAGCUCAACUCAAUCAUAAGGUUACCGAUAAAGAUUUGAACCUGCUUAAUCAGUCUGGAUCUAAAUUGCAAAAAUUCAGUAUUAAUCUAAACGGCAUACAAAAACCUGAAAGUUUAAAAUUCUUAAAAGAUCAUCCACUGGAAAAACUUGAAUUAAAAAAUUUCGAUGUUCUAUAUAAUCUAAAAGAUAUUGAAGAUUUUAUAAAUGUUGAAAAUUUAACGGAACUUAAUCUUACAUCGCUCUCCUUAUCAUUUAAAUUGAAUAGUUCAACAUGCAGAAGAUUAAAAUCACUUAAAAAAUUAAAUUUGAACGAUACAAGACUCGAUGAUGAAAAUUUUACAAUACUUUGUAAAGAAUUACCAAAUCUUCAAAAUUUACAGCUUAAAGCAUCGAAAAUAAAAAAUGAAAGUGUAUUAAUGGAAUUGAAAAAAUUACAAAGUUUACAUUUCGACAAUGGUUACAACUCUUUGAAACGUCUUCAUAACAUUCUAAUAGAAUUAAAAAACUUUAAAGAGCUGGUAUUAACUGGAAAAUCUGAAAUAAACUUUGACGCUGUAAACAGAAUCUUUUUUGAAUCUAAUUGGCAUUUGGAGAAGCUUAUUGUCAAUGUAAAACACGGAAAAUGGUUAGAAUGUUUAAGUAAACGAAAUCUAAGCGUUGAAAAGCCUAAUUUGAAAUUUUGCUGUUUGUAUUCUUCUCAAGGAAUAUUCCUAUACGAUGGAAAGAAUAUCAUAAAAUUCACUUCUGAUGAUCCUAAUAAAUACGAACAGAUAAAGGAAUUGAAUGAUCCUUUGUAUGUCUUGAAUCUAGCUCAACAUUUAAAAGGAUGUGGAGAUUCUUUUAUUGUUUAUACUUUACAAAGAAUGUUGGAUUUAGCUGAAAAAGAUGAUUGGGACGAUGAAAAAUUGAAUAUAAUUUGGAAGAUCAUAUUUGCUAUGGUUGAUAUAGAAAAUCAAGAUUCUACAUGGAUUUUAAAUAAUCCUUAUUCAACAGAUUAUCUUAAAUUAAUUAAUAGAAUGGAAAACUAUUCAAAGAAUGACUUUUUUUGGAUAAAAACAGUUGAAUCUUGCUGCAGAAUUCUCUAUUCUUCUAGCAUAAAUUUCGGAUUUAAACAAUACUAUUCCGAAGCAAUGAAAAUAAUCUGUAAGAAAUGGGAUUUACAAGAUAAAGUAUUCAAGAAAUAUAAAAUGUUUCGAGUGUACUUGAGAUUUUUUAUUGCUAUAACUGAGCAAUUAAAUCCAAAAAAUUCCUCAUUUUAUACAGAUCUUGGUCAAGUAGAACUUUGCGUUCAAGAAUUAUUAAAAGUUCACGAAUUACUAUUUGAAAAAAUUGGAAAAGAUAAUUUUUUAGAUAGAGCAUCAAUUUCUGAAACGCUUAGAGAAGUUAGAAAAAUUGAACAAUUGCUUUUCAAUUGGAAUAUUCAAAUUGAAGAUGAACAAUUACAAAAUUGUAGAAAAUCACUUGAAAAUUAUUUUAACACUUGUGUUUUAGAUUAUCUUAAAACUAUUGAAAAAUCAAUAUAAGUAUGGGUAUUUUUGGAUUAAAGUUUCAUAUAACCAUACGCCUGGCUAAGAAUUGGAAUUCACUUUCUAAUAACUGACCUCAUUUUUUAUUUGAUUUCCAACGAAAUGUUUACGAAUCAAAUUAAAAAGUAUGAUUAUUCGUCUAUUGCUUAUAGAAUUUUGUAUUAACCCUAUUAAAUGACAUAAAUUUAUUAGCAGUAAUAGUGUACUAGGUGGAAAUAUGUUUUAAUAUUUCACGGGCUUCUACUUUCGAUUAGCAGGUAGAAUAUGAUUCGUUUGCUAAAUAAUAAAACAAACAUUCAAGUCAAGUGUUUGUUUGUAAUUUAAUAUUGUUUUUAUUAAGAAUAGCAAUGGACUUUGUCUACUUACUUAGAUGAGUUUUCCCCGGAGAGUUAACUUCUCUAUAUCUAUCUUUCAUAGUUCGAAUUUAUUUUUUGUUAAGUAGAUAUUUGA